AUGAACUUCGAUAGCAUUCUCUGUCUCAUUGGAGGCUUUGGGAAGUUCCAGAAGAUCUUGUUUGUGUGGAUCUGCCUGCCUCAGAUCUUUCUUGCAUUCCACAUGCUGGUCUCUGUCUUCACUGGGGCCGUCCCUCCGCAUCUAUGCCGCUCCUCGUGGCCCUCAGAGGGCACUCCGGCCUCUUCAAUCUUGAACUUCAGCCGUCAAUCCACCCCCGAUGGCCGGCCUAAGCUGUCCUGUGCGGUUCCCCUGAACCACAGCAAUUCUGUAGCUAUUGGCAAUGGGAAUCCAACUGGCAGCUGCCAGGGGGGCUGGGAGUACAGCACAGAGACCUUCCAAAGCACCAUAGUAACUGAGUGGGACCUGGUUUGUGAUAGUGCCAGCCUGAACAACAUGGGCUCCUCCAUGUACAUGUUUGGUCUCCUAGUAGGAGCUGUUGUGUUCGGGAGCUUAGCUGAUAAGUACGGUCGCAGGAUCAUUAUUCUCUUCAACCUGGCUAUCCAGGCUGUCUUUGGGGUUGGGGCUGCUUUCGCCCCUAAUUUCUACGUCUACAUUGCCCUUCGCUUUAUGGUUGGAACUUCCAUAUCUGGUGUCAUCAUGAAUGCCUUUGUCCUAGGCACAGAAUGGACAGGACCUAAGCAGCGGAUGUUGGCAGGUAUAAUCACUGACUACUUCUUCGGCUUUGGCUACAUUCUGCUGGCCGGAGUGGCGUACCUCAUAAGAGACUGGCGUAAACUGCAGCUGGCUAUCUCAGCACCCGGUUUCCUCUUCAUCUUUUACAUCUGGGUGUUGCCAAAGUCAGCUCGCUGGUUAAUGGCCAAUGACAGGAAAGAGGAAGCAUGGGAGCUGAUCCGGAAAGCAGCAGAGAUGAAUGGGAGGCCCCUCAGCAAAGAUUUGGAGAUGUGUCAGGUCUAUAACGUUGAAGAGAAAACCAGUGUGAAGAAAAAAUACUCAUUCAUAGACCUUGUUCGAACCCCCAAAAUGAGGAAGCACUCUUUGAUUGUUUUCUAUCUCUGGUUCGCCAACGUGCUCGUGUACUACGGCCUGUCGCUUAACAUCUCCGACUUUGGAAUGAACAUCUAUCUGACCCAGAUGAUCUUUGGCCUGGUGGAGAUGCCGGCACGCACCAUCACCCUGUUCACCCUCAACCGCUCCCGCAAAAUCUCCCAGCUAGCUUUCCUAGCCGUGGGCGGCACGGCCUGCCUGCUGACCAUCUUCGUCCCCAGUGAAUUGAAUGUCAUCAAAACGGUGCUCGCCAUGAUCGGGAAGUUCGGCAUCACGGCGUCUCUUUCUAUUAUUUACGUCUACUCCGCUGAGGUGUUCCCCACCGUUAUCAGACAGAACGGGAUCGGUAUAGGCUCCAUGUGUGCUCGGACUGGAGGGGUUCUGGCUCCCAUGAUGUACCUCCUGAGAGGCAUCAGUCCGCAGGCCCCCAUGGUUCUGUGCGGGCUCUGCCCUCUGGUGGGCUCCGCGCUCACCCUGCUGCUACCUGAGACGGCCAAUAAGCCCCUCCCAGACACCAUCGAAGACGUGGAGGGAUCCAAUUUCAGUGAGGAGGAUGAAAGUCAUCUUUGAGACCUCUCUGAGGAAAGCGGACAUCUGCCGAGGCACAAGCAUGGACUGAUGAACAACA